AUGUUCGCGGCAUCGAGGAUAUUGGCGGAAGCGCAGGCGAAGACAGUGACGAAGCAGCGCAAGUCCUACAAGCAGGAGAUGGAGGAAAAGGGCGCCAUCGACCAGGAAGAGAAUGACGGCGAGCCAGAGGAGUCACAGGGCUUUGCAAAGUCAGAGAAGGCAACGGCAGCGCGACAGGUCGACUUGAGCGCCAAACUGAGCAAGGAGGGCAAUUCUCAGGCGGGCGGCGGCAUGGGCGAGAUCUGGCGCUUGAUCAAGAUCGCCCGGCCGGAGAUGGGCACCCUUUCGUGGGCCUUCGUCUUCCUUCUCUUCUCCUCUGCCAUCUCCAUGUCGAUCCCCUUUUCGAUUGGCCGAAUCCUGGACGCGGCUACACAGGCCGAGAAGACCGAUGGGCUGCUCUUUGGCAUGGACAUGUCGACCUUCUACAUUGCCCUGGCUUCAGUCCUCUGCGCGGGCGCUGCAGCCAACUUCAGUCGUAUCGUCAUCCUCCGCAUUGUCGGUGAGCGCAUUGUGGCCCGCCUACGAUCGCAGCUCUACCGCAAGACAUUCGUACAAAACGCCGAGUUCUUCGAUGCGAACCGUGUCGGUGAUCUCAUCUCCCGCCUCGGCUCAGACACCAUCAUCGUCGGCAAGAGCAUCACACAGAAUCUGUCAGAUGGUCUUCGUUCGCUGGUCAGUGGUGCCGCUGGUUUUGUCAUGAUGGGUUAUGUCAGUCUCAAACUCACGGGCAUACUCGCGCUGAUUGGACCACCUGUCGCUAUAGUCGCCUUCAUAUCCGGUCGAUCGCUGCGAACGCUGAGUCGAAAGAUCCAGAAGAACCUCGGUACUCUCACAAAAAUCGCAGAAGAGCGCCUCGGUAACGUUAGAACUAGUCAGGCGUUUGUUGGAGAAGUCCAAGAAGCCUCGCGCUACAACCGCCAGAUUAAGAGGAUAUUCGCGCUUGGAAAGAAGGAGGCUGUAGUUGCUGCAGGGUUCUAUGGUAGCACAGGACUGAUGGGUAACCUGACAAUCAUUGCGAUUUUGUAUGUUGGAGGUGGCAUGGUCAAGAGCGGAGUCAUCUCGAUUGGUGAGCUCUCGUCCUUCCUCAUGUACACCGCAUACGCUGGAUCCAGCAUGGUCGGUUUGUCUGGCUUCUAUGGCGAGAUGAUGAAGGGCGUUGGUGCUGCAAGUCGUCUCUUCGAACUUCAGGAUCGCCAGCCUACCAUUUCACCGACCAAGGGUGAGCCCGUGAGGUCUGCACGCGGACCAAUUGAGUUCAAGCACGUGUCGUUCGCCUACCCGACAAGACCGGCUGUCAACAUCUUCAAAGAUAUCAACUUUAGGAUCGAGCAGGGAACCAAUAUUGCCAUCGUCGCGCCCAGUGGAGCAGGAAAGUCGACAGUUGCAAGCUUGCUCCUGCGUUUCUACGUGCCCACUGCGGGGACCAUCACUAUCGAUGGACGCGACAUCACCACGCUCAACGCAAAGCAGCUCAGAAGGAAGAUUGGGUUCGUCGGACAGGAGCCUGUUCUGUUCUCCGGUACUAUCGCAGAGAACAUCGCAUACGGUGUACCACAGGCCACCCGCGCUGAGAUCGUGGCUGCAGCUCGCAAGGCCAACUGCCAGUUCAUCAGUGACUUUCCGGAUGGUCUUGAGACCCACGUUGGUGCUCGCGGCACGCAGCUCUCUGGUGGUCAAAAGCAGCGUAUUGCCAUUGCACGCGCGCUCAUCAAGACACCUGACAUUCUCAUCCUUGAUGAAGCGACAAGCGCUCUAGACGCCGAGUCCGAGACUCUUGUCAACCAAGCUCUUGGGAAGCUGCUGGCCGAGAACAACACCACGAUCAGUAUUGCUCAUCGUCUGUCGACCAUCAAGCGUUCUGACCGCAUCAUUUGCAUCAAUGCCGAUGGGGAGGUCGCUGAGGAAGGCACAUACAAGGAGCUGUCUUCCAAUCCCGACGGCGCUUUCAGCAAGCUCAUGGAGUGGCAGAUGAGCGGUGGCGAAGUCGACACAAAGAAGAUUAGAGGCCCUGGGCCUACUGAGGAAGAAGAGAUCGAGCGCGAGCUUGAGCACGAGACAGAAGAGCAGGCCCGCCAGAACAGGCCCUCAAUCAGCAUCGCACAAGCCAGGGAGACUAAGAUGUCUCCCAGCGAUCUCACGUUGCGAUCCAGCCUUGCCCGCCUUCCAGCUUCCCUGCUCCGAUCCACACAACCAACCAUAUUCAACGCUCCCAAGUCCUUCUCCACAACCCCACGCACCGCAAUGGACGCCUACAAGAACGCCGGAAACCGCAAGGACUCGCCUCCCAAGCACGAAAUGGUUCAUUUCCCCGGGCUGCUGAGCAGCAAGCGCGCGUUCGGCGACUUCAGAACCGUGCUGCACACGGGUCUAUCCAGCCAAGUCGUCGCCAUGGAAGUCCCUGUAGGCGGUGAUAUAGGCGACGAAGUGCACACCGUCGACCAAAUCCUGAUGUUCACGUCCGGCCGCGGCUUGGCCACGGUGGCAGGGAAAGAUCAGGAAGUCAAGGCUGGCGAUGUCGUUGUUGUGCCUGCGGGGACACAGCAUCAGUUUGUCACCAGGGGGGACCAGCCGCUGGAGUUGAUUACCGUGUAUGCGCCGGCCGAGCAUUUGCCGUCCAGUGUGCAUAAGACCAAGGAGAUUGGGGAUCAGGAGGAGAAGGAUGGGAUUGAUGAGGCGCCCGAGUGGAGUCUGAGGAGCAAGAAGGAGAAUGAGGAAAGUGGCUUGGUUAAUGAGAGUGGGAAGUAUUAG